AUGAGUGAAAUAUAAUUAAUGCUUAGACAUUGUAAAAGAGGAAACGAAAUAAAAUUAAAUCUAUAAAAUAAGUAAAUAUCUCUUCUUCCGAUAGACAUAUAUUAACUAACGCAAUUAGAAGUAUUAGAUUUAUCAAAUAAUAAAUUAAACUCAUUAGAUAGUAAAAUAAGUUAAUUAUAAAAUCUAAAAGUCUUAAAUUUAUAAAAUAAUAAUAUUUCAAAUCUGCCAUAAUAAUUAUUAAAUUUAAAAAAUUUGUAAGUUUUAAACGUUUCUAAUAAUCCAUUAAAUAGUUAAUUUGAAAAAUUAUUAUAAACAGAAAAUCAAAUGGGCUAGUAAUUAAAGAUUUGUUUAAAUAAUUGCUUUAAUAUUUGUUUAUAAGAUAAAAAUUAAUUAGGAUAAGAAAAGAAAAAACUUUCACUUUUAGAAUAAUAAUUGGAAAAAUUAUAAUUUAAUAAUAAUAAAUAAUAAACAUCUUCUUUCUAUAUUUCUCCUUAAACUGAAACGGUAUAGGAAAUUGAUUUUAAAGAGUUAGAAAUCAAUGAAUCGAUUUCUUAAGGUGGUUUUUCUAUUGUGCAUGUGGGAAUGUAUAGAGGAUGUUAAGUAGCAAUAAAGAAAAUAUUUAACCCAAAUAUAACAACAGAACUUUUAGAUGAAUUAAAUAAUGAAAUAAAUAUGCUUGCCUAAUUAAGACAUCCUAAUUUAAUUCUUUUAAUGGGAAUAGUUUCUAAAUAACCUAAUUUAUGUAUUGUUACUGAUUAUAUUUAAGAAGGAGAUCUUUAUUAAUAAUUACAUAAAAGAAAAAAAGAAAUUAGUAAAGAAAAUAAAAAUUUCAUAAUUAAAUAAAUAGCAAAUACGUUUAAUUACUUACAUUAAAGUUAGGUCGUUCAUAGGGAUUUAAAAUCUUAUAAUGUUUUAGUUGAUAAUAGUUUCAAGAUUAAAAUAUGUGAUUUUGGGCUUGCUAGAAAAUAUUCUGAUCUUAAUCAAGGAAAUAGCAAAUUUAGUGGUACUCCUACUUAUAUGGCUCCUGAAUUAUAUUAAAAAAAAAGCUAUGAUGAAAAAGUUGAUGUUUUUGCUUUUGGAACUCUUGUUUGGGAAAUUUUUACUUCUUCUAUUCCUUUCGAUGGGCUUGAACCAUCUGAUAUUAUGCAAAGAGUACUUAAAGACGAAUAACUACCUUUAAAACCUGGUAUUAAUUAAUAACUUCUUAAAUUUGUGUCAAAAUGUAGACAUUCAGAUCCUAAAAUUAGGCCUUCUUUUAUUUAGAUUGUGCAGGAAUUAGAAAACAUUUUAUGA